AUGUGGUGUGCUCUAACGGUUUACCAAGUGGAAGGGCAGGAAUGCAUACAAAUGGAACAAACGUUCGCUAACUUAUAUGAAGCUUCGAAAUUACUCGCCAAUCCGUCACGAAGGAACCCACAAGAAAUCCUUCAACGUAGCUUUAGUCAGGUCAUUAAGGAGACAAAGGAUCUGGAGAAGACCAUACCAGUUGACGAAGAGUCCAUUGCAAAGGGACGCGCCUUUUUCGCAAAGUUAGGAUUUCCACCAGUUGAAAAUUUUGACGUAUUUGGCAAUAUUAAAAUAAACGACUCGGAAGGACCAUCGCGUUAUUUGAACAUUACGGAUGUGGAGGGACAUCUUCAAGAACACAGAGACAAGAUGAUAAUUGAGACUAUUGAAUCAGUCCAGAAAAAGGCAAGAUUUUGUACCAUUUCCGAUUUUGAAGAAAUAAGAAAUAAAGCUAUGAAGGAAUAUCGGAACAAUAUUGAAAUGGAUAAUAGAAUCGCUGAAGAACGAGACCGUAUCUUAGGUGGAAAUAAUCCUGACCAUCCAAUGGAAUAUGCAUCAGAGAUGUAUACAAAGGAAAAUCCUAUAAAAAAGCGGGUACUCUCUUAUGCCAACGUGGUACAGUCAUUAAACGGCCAAAGAUUGCAAAACAAAGAUUUCAAUGUUAUUGCUGGUUUCGAAAAGUUAGCAGAAGUAGACUGUGAAAAUAACAAGAUGGUUGGUACCGAACCACAUAAUGUCUGGAACCUUUUGGCCUGGUUGGCUGGCGAAGGAAAUGAUAUAAGCGAAGGUCGACGUGAAGGAAACUACAUGAAGGCUUACUUGUCCAAACUCCCCAAUACUCCUGAAUCUAUUGAAUUAAGCCAUCAUUUGACAAACUUGGCCAGGCAAUGGUUUGAACGCCAGUUUGUUCGGUUUGUUGAUAUGUUUUUAUUGAAAAGAAUAUUGACAGCCAAUGUCGGUGGAAAUCCCGAAUUUGGUCAUCGUCUAAAAGCAUUUAUAAAAAUUCAGUUCAAGACGGAUGAUCAAUGGAACAUCCAAAACUUGGAGUUGGCCGAAGACUUUCCAAAGUGGGUUUAUAUAUAUUUUCUCAUACGCAGUGGUCAUUUCAAGAAUGCGCUUGUAUAUGUAACAGAGAUAGCUGAAAAGUAUCCACAAGAUAAGAAGUUUAUGAAAUACCUUGAAGAAUAUGUGGAGAAUCCACACCACUUAUUAAGUCAAGCUACUCGAAAAGAAAUCGAGUAUGAGCAUAUGCUUUUAAAAAACAACGGCAAUUCAGUGGAUCCUUACAAACUAGCCUUGUACAAACUACUUGGUCGGUGCGAUAUUUACGAAGAUCAUGUCAAUGGGGCAAUAAACACGUUGGAAGACUUUAUGUGGUUCCAGCUUUCGCUUGUUCGCGAAAACAUACCUGAAAUUGAAUAUGGCCAUGGUAAGUAUACUCUUGAAGAUCUACAGAAACGUAUCGUGGCUUCAGGGCCAAGUACUUUUAGUGCAAACGGGGCCAAUCCUUGGGAUUAUGCUAUAGUCCUUAUAUCCUCUUUACAAUUUGAGCGGGCUGUUAGCCACCUUUAUCAGCAAGAAGCAACCCGCUUAGACGCUGUUCAUCUUGCGAUCGCUUGUGCCUACUACGGAUUGUUGCGAAUUUAUACCAAACCAAUCCAAACCGACGACAAUAUCUUUGCUAUAUCCGCAAAAAAUAUUCCUGAAAUUAACUUUGACCAGCUUGUGUACCGCUACACCAAGGUUUACGUUUUCGAGAACACAAAAUGCAUAUUGAAUUACAUUCUGUUGUUGAGCCUCUUUACUCCACAUCACGGAUUUCCAAAUAAUUCAAUGGUGGAGAAAGCACGAGAAUACAUACGCAGGCUCGUGCUUUUUACAAAGUCUUUCAAGGAAUUCCUUGGCGAGGCUACUGAUUAUGGUGGCCGCAAGCCCGGACUAGUGGAUACUUACAAGGCUCUUUUGGGCAUCACAACCGAAGCAGAUAUGGUGAAUUAUAUUUAUAUUCCUUUAGUCCGAAGUUGUAUCGAAGCAGGACUAUACACAGAUGCAGUUAAAAUAUGUGAAGUUGGCUCGGACUACAACGAAGCAACCAAUAUAUUGAUCAACCAAUUAGAAAGUUCAAUUAAUCUACCUAUUCUUGACCCACCAAGAUUGAAUCCUGAAGACAAAAAAUGGAACGAUGAAUUAGUCAAAUUCUCGAGGGAGUUGUUGACAAGAUACAAGAGAACUCCAAAUAUCAAAUGUAAUAUUCCAUUGUCCAAAACAUACACUGUCGAUACCCUCCUCAACAUCCUCCAUUUCCGAGAAUUAUAUGAGAGUGGACGUUAUGACGAUGCAAUCCAGUAUAUGCUUCGGUUGAAUGUAGUGCCUUUACACGAUGAGAAUGACAAUGUGUGCCAGACAUUACGUCAAUUGAAGUCAGGAGAUAAAGUGAUUGUAAAGUGUAUACCAAAAAUUGUGAGGAUUUUGGUAGACGCACUCGAGAGAUUACACGAUUGUAAAUGCACACAUAAAGACGGCAGCAGAGAUUAUGAUGCCGAACAUGAGAACAUACGCAACUGUGAUAGAUAUGCUCGAAUUCUAUUUAGAUUUACUGGAAUGGCUGAUAACGAUAUGCUUGGGGAGCUUGUUUACAACGAAUUUCUCGACUUAUUGAUGGAAUUUAAUCAAGGUGUUCCUAAAAAUUAA